AUGCAUGCGGACUUUCGCAAAGCCAUUACCAUAAAUUCCCUUGCUGUUUACGAGCGUAUCUUGAAGAGCAAAAGCCUGGCACCCAGCAGGUGGACCUCGUCAGAGUUUACCCCAGCGUCUGUGCGCCACCGCGUUCAGGCACUUAAUUCGCUCAUUUCUCUUGCAAAGAAGGAGACCUCCAGCCACGUAGGAAUGGCCAAUACUUCCCUAUACGGCGAACUGUCGGAAGAUAAUGGGUGUGACCCCCGCCAUAAUGCAUUGAAGGCUGAGAUGGCGAAUGUGCAGCACGUCGGCACACCGUUUGACUCUCUGUUUCUACAGGGCAAGCUCCCUGCACGCCACUCGAUUCGCCCGCAAUGCUCACGCAUAUAUAAAGGUUCGUGCUUUGCCUCUGGUUCUCCAGCUCCUCAAAGCUUCUCGAUCCCCGCUGCUUUCUCCAGCUGGUUGAGAGUAGACCAUCAGCUCGAGCCUCCUGAACUUUGA